CACAGCUACCCCAACUCCUUCUGGACACCUCGUCUGCUCCCAGAGUGUGGCCUUGACGUGCUUUACUUCUGGAACUGGAACAGUUGCGUGCUUGCGAUCCGGUAAAUUAUUGGUUGUUAUGAGCCUAUAGCGAUUUACCCGAUAUUCGCACACCCUUGAGAUCGCCCCUUAACGACCCCUCGGGAAACCACAAACCACUCUCCUAAUAGUCGCUAAACACACACAAUCCUCCAUGGCAGCACCGCAAGGGGGCUACCCUCCCCAGGAAGGGUACGGUCAGCCUGUCGGUUAUGGAUCUCCCACUCAACAGCCCGCGGGGUUGGCCCCUGGUGCCCCCGCCCAAGGCCAAGCUGGAGGUCGGAAGAAGCGAGUCUAUGCCGGAGAAGCUUUUGAUUUCGGUUCCGGUGCCAAUGCUGCCCUAGGGGGUCAGUUGCCGGCCGGUGGCAGCUAUGGAGCAUACCCGCCGCAACCACAAGCUGCGGGAUACCAGCAGCCUGCGUAUGGGGCGGACCCAGCCCAGAUGCAGCCUGUGGCCCCAGGAUAUGGAGCGCCUGCCAGCCCUCAAGUCGCACAGAUGACCCAGCAGUUUGGUGCAAUGGGCAUGACUGAUCCCCACCUCCUGCCACCGCAGCCGGUCGCUCAAGCUCCUCAGGCUCAAGCCCCUCGGGCUGUUCCCCUCAACCAGCUCUACCCAACCGAUCUCUUAACUCAGCCAUUCAAUGUUGCCGAGCUCGACUACCCGCCACCUCCCAUUGUUCUACCGCCCGGUACUAGCGUUUAUCCUGGACCCUAUGCCAACUGCCCUCCGAAAUACGUUCGCUCAACCCUGAAUGCCGUCCCAACUACACACUCACUUCUGAAGAAGUCGAAGUUGCCGUUCGCUCUCGUCAUCCAGCCAUACGCAGCUCUUCAUGACUCGGAAGACCCGGUCCCCGUUGUCCCCGACCAAGUCAUCUCGCGUUGCCGCCGCUGCCGAUCCUACAUUAAUCCUUUCGUGACAUUCCUCGACCAUGGGCACCGCUGGCGUUGCAACAUGUGCAACUUGACAAACGACGUACCUCAGGCCUUUGAUUGGGACACCGCUCUGCAGAAGCCGGCGGACAGGUCAUUGAGACCCGACCUCAACCAUGCAGUCGUUGAAUUCGUUGCUCCCCAGGAAUAUAUGGUCCGCCCCCCGCAGCCGCUCGUCUAUCUUUUCUUGAUCGAUGUGAGUUACGCAUCUGUCACAAACGGGCUUCUAGCCACGACUGCUCGGUGCAUUAAGGAGAGCCUUGACCGGAUCCCUAAUGCGGACCGUCGGACACGACUGGGAUUCAUCGCGGUCGACUCAAGCCUCCAUUACUUCAGCAUCCCUAGGGAUGGAUCGGAGAACUCAGACCCCAGGAUGUUGGUUAUCAGUGAUCUGGAUGAGCCUUUCCUUCCCAUUCCCGGCGAUCUUCUGGUGACUCUGAGCGAAUGCCGUGAGAAUAUUGAGGUCUUCCUCGAUAAGCUGCAAGAGAUGUUCCAGAACAACCAGAGCAACUCCUGCGCCAUGGGAUCUGCCCUGCGCGCUGGAUACAAGCUCAUUUCUCCCGUGGGAGGCAAAAUGACCGUUCUCAGUUCGUCUCUGCCUAACAUCGGCCAUGGAUCGUUGACCAUGAGAGAGGACAAGAAGGUUCUUGGCACUAGCAAAGAGAGCAGUCUGCUGCAGACCGCCAACAGCUUUUACAAGAGUUUCGCCGUCGAGUGCUCAAAGUCGCAGGUCUCAGUUGAUAUGUUCUUGUUCUCCUCGCAAUAUCAGGACGUUGCGUCUCUCAGUAACCUGCCCAGAUACACCGGUGGUCAGACUUACUUCUAUCCCGGAUGGAACGCCGCUCGUCCGGAGGAUGCGAUCAAGUUUGCUCGUGAAUUUUCCGAUUACCUCUCUUCCGAGAUUGGCCUGGAGGCUGUGCUCCGUGUCCGUGCCACCACGGGUCUGCGUAUGAACACCUUCUACGGCAACUUCUUCAACCGCAGCUCCGAUCUGUGUGCCUUCCCUGCCUUCCCCCGCGACCAAGCGUACGUCGUUGAAGUCGCGAUUGACGAGACCGUCACGAAACCCGUUGUCUGCCUGCAGACCGCGGUCCUGCACACUACAUGCAACGGCGAGAGGAGAAUCCGCGUGUUGACUUUGGCACUCCCCACGACUCAGAAUCUGGCCGAUGUCUACGCCUCCGCGGAUCAACAAGCAGUUGCUACGUACUUCAGCCACAAGGCCGUUGAGCGGGCGCUUGGAAGUGGUCUGGAACCUGCCCGGGAGGCUCUACAGGCCAAGGCCGUAGAGUUGCUGUCGACCUACCGGAAAGAACUGGCAGGAGGCAGCGUCAGCGGCGGUGGUCUCCAGUUCCCCGCUAACCUGAGAGGGUUGCCAGUCCUAUUCCUCGCCAUGAUCAAAAACCUUGGUCUUCGGAAAUCCGCGCAAAUACCCACCGACAUGCGCUCUGCUGCUCUCUGCUUGCUCUCGACGCUUCCCCUCCCUCUCCUCAUGCAGUAUAUCUACCCUAAGAUGUAUUCCCUCCACGAUAUGCCGGACACGGCCGGAUUACCCGAUGAGCAGACCGGCGAGAUUGUCCUUCCUCCACCGAUCAACCUGGCAUCCGAGCGUAUUGUUCCCUAUGGUCUCUACCUCAUCGACGAUGGCCAGACACAGUUCCUGUGGGUCGGACGCGAUGCGGUCCCUCAGCUGAUCGAAGAUGUCUUUGGUCUGUCGGAUAAGUCGCAACUUCGGGUGGGCAAGCAGAACCUGCCCGAUGUCGACAACGAGUUUAACCAGCGGGUGCGGGCGGUGCUCGAGAAGAGCCGGGAUCACCGGUCGAAGGGGGUUGGCAGCAUUGCGGUGCCACACCUAUAUGUGGUCAAGGAGGACGGAGAGCCUGGUCUCCGCUUAUGGGCGCAGACCAUGCUGGUUGAGGACCGUGCUGACCAGAGCGUCAGCCUGGUGCAAUGGAUGGGCUCGCUGCGGGAAAAGGUUGUUCAGUAAUGAUAAGCUUCUCGAUUUUGGUAAAUUAUACGGAGAUACUUCAAUACAUUCCCAGUGUUUAUGUCUUGUUUGGCGGUGUCGUUGUAAAUUAUCCCUCUGCUGCUGUUCGGUGUCUGCCUGGAAUGCAAUUACGGCACAGGACUUUGCCCGUGGCCUAUACUAUC